AUGACGGGCGAUGCGCCCUCGCCGGCACCCUCCGCCGCCGACGGCGCGGCGGUGCCCGGCUCCCCCCGCGACGUGUUCUGCCCGGGCGCCGGCCCCUGCCUGUACGAUACGAGAGCGUUCUGCGGGGGCCUGCUGCCAGGCGGGGAAGAGGGGCGCCUGGCGGCGCUGAACUCGCUGGAGAUGCUAGACACCCCGCGCGAGGGCUUCUUCGACAGCAUCACCGGGCUGCUGAAGCGCACCUUCGACACCGCGGGCUCGCACCUGGUGCUGAUCGAUCCGACCAGGUGCUGGUUCAAGAGCUGGCAGGGCAUCUGGUGGGACUACGCUUCCGAUUCCGACCACGGUCCCAACGUUGAGGCUAAGAGAGAAGAUGGUUGGUGCAACUACAUUUUUGUGUCUACCACUGCCGAGUUGCUAGUAAUCGAGGAUGCGACCAAGGAUGCUCGUGUCUCGACGAACCCCUUCGUGGUGGGGCCACCUUAUUUUAGAUUUUACGCUGGCGCGCCGCUUGUGGGUUCCAGCGGAGAGCGCUACGGUACCUUAUGCGUGGUUGACCUGAUUCCACGCUGCUAUUCGGCUGAUGAGUAUGCACUUCUUAUCAACUUCGCAGCGAUUGCAGUAGAGGAGAUCGAGCGCAACAAGCCUCUGCAACGCUGCAUAGCCAGCAGCCAGUUCAACAGCGUGGUGGCGAAUCGGCACCUGGACAUGUCUGUGCAGGCCUCGAAGGAUGGGAUGCUCAUGAUCGACGCGCGCGUCUCGAGUUGGCCGGUGUCCUUCGGCAACGCCGCAUUCGCGGCAGCCUCGGGCCUCGAGGAGGAUGCCAUCGUGGGGCGUAAUUUCUGGGACCUCUUCUUGCUCUGCGGCAAGUCGCGGGCCGAGGUGGGCUUGCCCGUUGGCCUCGGCGACGCCUUCGAGAUGCAUGUGCUGUGCAGGUCGACCUGGGCAGAGCUCUCCCUGCGGCUGCUUCCGGCCGGCAGCGGUCGCUUCGCCCCCAGCAAGGCCACCGGGAUCCCCGCCUGGGCGCCCUACGCGGGCUCGACGGCCGGGGCCCUGAUCGACCCGUCCCCAGGCGGCAGCGAGGGGGACAUCGACAGGCGCGACAUGGUCGACCAGGCCAAGUGCUUCUGGUUCGUGAUUGUCUCUUCCAGCGCCCACGGCGACAAGGCAGACGCGCAGUACGCCUCGCAGUCCACCCGCGACACCGAGUACGACUCGCCGCCGACGUCAGCUGCGUCCUCCGUUUCGUGGCCGACCGCCAUGGUGGGCGAUCGCCCCGCACACUGCGAGUACUCCAUCCCGCGGGAGCUGGAAAUCGACGUGGUCGGCCCCAUGUUGGGCUCGGGCAGCUUCGGGAGGGUGUACCGCGCCCUCACCCGCUCUGGCGGCACCGCCGCGCUCAAGGUGGUGGACUGCCGUCGGCGGAGGGAUGACGCGCUCCAGGCGCAGCUGAGAGAGGUCCAGCUGAGCUGCAGGCUGGAUCACCCGAAUGUCGUCAAGAUUCUUUCGUACGCCACGUCCACAGAUAGCACUGGCGGAGACUCCUUGGACAUCUUGUGGUGCGCCCAGGAGCUUUGCGAACUGGGCACGCUAACACUAGCGUCGGAGAGAGGCUGGCUGCGUCAGCACCGCAACAUGACAUCGGCUCCAGACAUGAGCGUGGUGUGGAGUAUCCUGCUGGACGUGUCCAACGCCAUGGCAUAUGUACACAGCUGCUCAGUCGUGCAUGCUGAUCUGACUGGGCGCAAUGUGUUGCUUACGAAUGCCAAGGACAGACAGUUUGGGUUUGUGGCGAAGGUGGGCGAUUUCGGGCUGGCUCAGUACAUCUACGGGCACAACUUCGUGACGAAGGUCUUGGGCACGAUUACGCACAUGCCCCCAGAGUUACUUACACUGGACAAACCGUUCCUCACAUACGCGUCGGAUGUGUGGGCUUUCGGAGUGCUUGCCUGGGAGGCAUACCACGGUAAGUGCGCAUUCAAAGGCAAGAACGCAGCUCAGGUUGUUGUGGCUGUGGUUCUCAAGCGUUCGCUGCAGUGGCCUGAUGCCGCCCCGGAGUCUUUUGUGACUCUGAUGGGUGACUGUCUCCAGUACGAUCACGCAGAGCGUCCUCGCUUCCAUGCGAUUGCAGAGCGCAUAGCGACCAUGAGUGAUUAG